AUGUCAGCUGUCAGGGAAUUCAUCUGGCACACGUUUUGUGAAACAUUGAUACGNCUCAUUAAAGGUAACAUAUAUCCAGUUCCUAAUCCAAAAUUUCCCUUUCUUGGAGUACACUUCACUCCACGUAUUGAUGGCAGCGUAUGGUUGGGGCCUAAUGCAGUAUUAGCAUUCAAACGCGAAGGUUAUCAUUUAACAGAUGUCAACGUACCUGAAUUGUGGGAAGCAGUCAAGCAUCCGGGCUUUCAACGCUUAGCUGUGAAAAAUAUCUUAUACGGUAUACAGGAAAUGUAUAGAGGAGUGAAUAUUUUUGCGCAAGUUCGUCAAUUACAGAAAUUUGUUCCUAAACUCCGCUUAAAUGAUGUCACAAGAAUAUGCAAUUUUAGUUCCAGUAAAACAGAAGAAGAAUACGAUAUUGUUGUCGUCGGAGGAGGUAUCGUAGGCACGGCUACCGCGAGAGAAUUGAUCUCGAGACAUCCGACAUUGAAAAUUGGUUUAGUGGAAAAAGAACAAAAAUUAGCUGCUCAUCAGAGUGGUCACAACAGUGGAGUUAUACAUGCUGGAAUAUAUUACACUCCUGGUUCUUUGAAGGCAAAAUUGUGUGUGGAAGGUUUAGAAUUAACCUAUAAAUAUUGUGAUGAACAUAAUAUACCGUAUAAAAAAUGUGGAAAGUUAAUAGUUGCCGUAGACAGAGAAGAAUUACCAAGAUUAGAUGCAUUGUACGAACGUGGUCAGAAGAAUUCUGUUAAAGAUUUGAAAGUUGUGAAUGCGAGUGAAAUUCGAGAAAUUGAGCCAAAUUGUCAAGGAUUAAAGGCAUUAUGGUCGCCCCAUACCGGUAUCGUCGAUUGGGCAGAAGUAUGUCGAUCUUAUGGAAGAGAUUUUGAAAAGAGUGGAGGAAAAAUUCAUCUCGGUUUUAAUGUCAAAGCUUUUAAAACUGUUGCAGAAAGCCAGAAAAAACAUUCAGUAGAUUCUAGUCAAUAUCCUGUCAGAAUUAUAUCUUCAAACAAAGCCAUAAGAAGUCGAUACUGUGUAACUUGUGGUGGUCUAUAUUCGGAUAAAUUGGCCACGUUAUCAGGCUGCAGCCUAGAUCCUCAGAUUGUGCCAUUUCGUGGAGAAUAUCUUCUAUUAAAGAAAGAAAAAUGUGAUCUCAUUAAAGGUAACAUAUAUCCAGUUCCUAAUCCAAAAUUUCCCUUUCUUGGAGUACACUUCACUCCACGUAUUGAUGGCAGCGUAUGGUUGGGGCCUAAUGCAGUAUUAGCAUUCAAACGCGAAGGUUAUCAUUUAACAGAUGUCAACGUACCUGAAUUGUGGGAAGCAGUCANAUGUGACAAAGUAUGCAGAGAUGACCCUGACAGACAGCAAAUUAUGUCAGUGGAUCUUAUAAAUGCCAGAAUGAUAUUCAGAGUUUACAACAUAGUCAUGUUUAGUGACAGGGCAAUAAGCAAGACUACAGAUACUGGAGCAAUAAAAAUUCUAACUGGAUCGACCCAUCAAAGACCCAAAAUACUGACAAAGCAACAAUCCAGUACGGAAUCUGGAGCAAUUGGGCCAUUUUUCAUCAAUAGAAACUCGAUGGGAGAAUCAUAUCUGCACCUACCACAGUCUUCCCAUCCGUGUUAA